AUGCUGAGGGUCCAUGGUCCAGAUCGUUUGCUCUGCCUUCUAUUCCUGCUCCUGGCCCCCCACAGCGCUGAGGGGGACCGUCUUCCUUGGCGCAGGUUUGAGUACAAGCUCAGCUUCAAAGGCCCAAGGCUGGCAUUGCCUGGGGCUGGAAUACCCUUCUGGAGCCAUCACGGAGACACCAUCCUGGGCCUGGAGGAAGUACGCCUAGUGCCAUCCAUUAGGAACCAGAAGGGCGCGGUGUGGAGCGAGACUUCUGUCCUCUUCCCUGCUUGGGAGGUGGAGAUGCAGAUGAGGGUGACUGGGCCCGGGCACCGGGGAGCCCAGGGCAUGGCUGUAUGGUAUACCCAGAACAGGGGCCAAGUUGGCUCUGUCUUUGGGGGGCUGGCCUCAUGGGACGGCAUCGGGAUCUUCUUUGACUCCUCGGCCGAGGAUACCCAGGACAGCCCUGCAAUCCGUGUGGUGGCCAGCGAUGGGUACGUCCCUUCUGAGCAGCUUGGGGAUGGAGCAAGUCACCAGGUACUGGGCUCCUGUCACCGAGAUUUCCGGAACCGGCCAUAUCCCAUCAGAACACGGAUCACCUACUGGAGGCAGAGGCUGCGUGUGUCUUUGAGCACUGGUCUCACUCCCAGUGACCCAGAUGAGGUCUGUGUCGAUGUGGGGUCCGUGCUUUUGGCUCCUGGAGGUUUCUUUGGGGUCUCAGCAGCCACCAGCACCCUGGCAGAUGACCAUGAUGUCCUGUCGUUCCUGACUUUCAGCCUGAACGAGCCGGGUCCAGAGGUUCCCCCUCAGCCCUUCCUGGAGAUGGAGCAGCUUCGUCUGGCAAGGCAGCUGGAAGGGCUGCAAGCCAAGCUGGCCCUGGGCAGCAGGGUGGUUAUAAUUCCACAGCCAAACUCAAAAGCCCGGGAAGAGGGGGAAAGGCUCUUUGACCUGGAGGAGACAUUGGGCAGACACAACAAGAUCCUGCAGGACCUCCAGGCUCUCUCUGAGCAGUUGGCCCAGGCAGAGAUGCAAUGGAAGAAGCAGCUGGGGUUACUAGGCCAGGCAAGGCCUGAUGGAGCCUGGGUGAGUAGCCCCUUGGGCAUCCAAGUCUCCACCUGUGAGAUUCCAUUCAUCCCCCAAAAGGGCAGCCACCUCUCUAGGUCACUCUGCAGGACAGGGAACCAAGAUUCUGCCAAGAUCAGCACCCUGCUCUAUGGACAGCAGACUUUGCUCCAGGCCCUGCAAGAGAUGAGCAAUGCAGCUGCUCACAUGGCCUCAGGAGCCCAGGUCUUCUACCUGCCUGUGGGCACUGAACACCAUUUCUUAGAGCUGGACCAGAUCCUGAGCCUCCUGCAUAAGAGUCUUCGGGACCCAGCGAAAGCAGCAGUCAAGUCCCCCCGCCCAUCUGGAUGGCCCCCAGGAGCCUCCACAUGUCUACGGCCUGGCAUCUUCCUGUUCUUCCUCCUUAUCCAGACUUUUGGCUUUUUCUGCUAUGUGAAUCUUAGGCAGGAGCUGGACAAGAGGCUUCGGGAGUGUUUGUCCACAGGAAACCUUCCUUUGGGUGCUGUGCCACACAUCCCUAGGGUGCUGGGAACCCUGAGGAGGCAGCCCCUCUCCCCCAGCUUGCAUGCCUGACCCACUUCAAAGCCACUUCUCUCUGGGAAGCAGGUGGCUUCUGUGGGUGGGGAAGAGGACUUUGUUAGGAUCCUCUUCCUCUUGGUGCCCAGCUAUUGCCCACACCUUAGCUUUUGGUGAGCCCCACCUUAUUAAAGGUGAAUUCCCUCUUC